ACCGCCCCUGCCCGCCGAGCAGCGCCCCCCGGCCCCGCCGCGGCGCCGGCCCCCGCCCGAGUCCCGGCGGCAUCUGCGAGAAGGAGAGCGUCCGCUCGGCGGCUGAAAAGAAUCUACCACACCUCCAUAAAGAAGUUGACAUUUCUUUUGAUCCCUUGAUUACCUUCAAGGAAAGUGAAUACACUUGAGAAUGUCUGAAAACCGUGACAAGUCUAACACAAACGAAGCAGGAAAGUCCAAUGAUUCUGAGCAAGGCCUUGAAAACGCUGUGGAGGUUUCUGAGGAAGCGUUACAGAAAAGCGGACCGGCGGGCUCUCCGAGCCCCCGAAGACUCCAGAGACCUCACUCUAGUCCGCCUCGAUUUGUGACAGUCGAAGAGCUCUUGGAGACAGCCAAAGGAGUCACUAACAUGGCCCUCGCCCACGAGAUUGUAGUAAAUGGCGACUUUCGGAUUAAACCAGUUGAGUUACCAGAAGACAGCUUGGAGAAGAGAGUGAAAGAAAUUGUACACAAAGCCUUUUGGGAUUGUUUGAGUGCCCAGCUAAGUGAAGACCCUCCAGCAUAUGACCAUGCCAUCAGACUGGUCGGAGAGAUUAAAGAGACGCUCUUAUCUUUCUUGCUGCCUGGUCACACUAGACUGAGAAACCAGAUAACCGAAGUCUUGGAUCUGGACCUGAUCAAGCAGGAAGCAGAGAAUGGGGCCCUAGACAUUACAAAGCUGGCAGAAUUCAUCAUUGGUAUGAUGGGGACUCUGUGUGCACCUGCCAGAGAUGAGGAAGUUAAGAAACUAAAGGACAUUAAGGAAAUAGUGCCUCUUUUCAGGGCCAUCUUCUCUGCGUUAGACCUCAUGAAAGUGGACAUGGCCAACUUUGCUGUCAGCAGCAUUCGGCCGCACCUCAUGCAGCAGUCUGUCGAAUAUGAAAGGAAGAAGUUUCAAGAACUUUUAGAGAAACAACCAAAUUCCUUGGACUUUGUCACCCAGUGGCUGGAGGAAGCCGCAGAUGACCUUACGACUCAGAAGUGUGAACAUUCCCCACCUGCUGGGGAAGAGGCUGCUGGCUCAAGGGAGGCCCCUGGGCUGAGUCCUGUCGCCGUCCAGAAUUAUGCGUACCUGCAGCUUCUGAAGUGGGGCCACGGCCAAAGGCCGUUCCCUGAAACGGUGCUGAUGGACCAGCCGCGCUUCCAGGAGCUCCAGCGCCAGCUGGAGCAGCUCACCAUCCUGGGGGCGGUACUGCUGGUCACGUUCAGCAUGGCAGGCCCCGGGGUGUUCGGCCAGGCCGACUCUGCUGAGAAACUCAAGAUGGUCAUCAAGAUUCUGCUCAUCGACAUGCAUCUGCCCUCCUUCCACCUGGACGAUGCCCUAACUGCCAUCGGGGAGAAAGUCUGCGUGGAGGUGAGCAGCUGCCUCUCCCGGUGCGGGCUCGCUCCCUUCACCACAGACAAGGAGACCGUGCUCAGGGGCCAGAUCCAGGCUGUGUCCAGUCCCGACAACCCUGUUCGCAGGAUCAUGGAUUCCCGAAUCUUGACCUUCUUAGAAACCUACCUUGCCUCAGGCCUUCAGAAGCCGUUUCCCACAAUUCCUGGUGGACUGGGCCCAGUUCAGACAGAGCUGGAGGAAGUUGCUAUUAAAUUCGUGCGCCUGGUCAAUUACAACAAGAUGGUCUUCAGCCCCUACUAUGAUGCAAUCCUCACUAAGCGCCUGGGCCCAGCCUAACCUGUGUGCGCCUGACAGCAGGUUCAGUCGCUCGGCUCAGAGUACCCAGCCCCAGCCCUGCCCCCUCCGGACAUUUGUCUUGACAGCACUGUUUCCAGCCGAGGGGAGAGUGGUGUGUGCCGCUGUUGGAAAGAGGUUGAAAUAUGCACUGAAUGCUGUUUUGUGGGGUUGCGUUCAUGAGUGCAAGUGCACAAGUCAAAGCAGCUGUUUGUCAUCCAGGUAACACUCAGCGUUUCCCCCAUUGACCCUGUGUUAGGGUCUGCAGAGGCGGCCAGGCAGGGCACAUGUAGUUAAAAGGUUACAUGUUUCACUCCAAACUCCCCUGUCUCCCCAGGGGGUUGGGCACCUCUCUCCGAACAUGUUCUUUCUGAUAGCUUACCCUGGCAGCCUCGGCCAUCUGCCCCUCUCCAACACAGACUCCCCUCCAGUCUCGGGAUAUUUGGAGUGUGACGGGCUGGCCAGUCGUACUGCUUCUAGUUUUUAGGGCUUUCUCUCUGCCUGAUGAUGAAGCGUUCUCUCCUGCAUGCACGACGUUUGAACCCGGGGGUCAUCAUUAAGACUGACAGGGUCCAGAGAAGGGCACUUGGAGACGUAAAGAGGAAACUCAAGUGUCUGGGAUUCCUACUGAAACAGUACACACGUGUUGACUGGAUUAGUCUUCGGGAAAGGAGAUUCCAUUGUUUUCAGGUAAAAGAGCUGAGGUGAAUUAAUCUGUUGUAGGAGAAAGUCAAUUAAAAAAAAAUACUCCCCGCGCGCCCCCCCCCCCCUUCUUCUUCUUUUUUAGCAAUAUUUAUCUAAAGAGCUACAGGGACCAGAAUUCCAAAUUCCUGGCCCCUCCUGUGACUGUGAAAGAGGAAUUUGGGCCCAAGAGGUGAUCAGUUAAAACCGAAGUUUUAACGGCCUGUGUCUUUGGCAGGGGGUGGGGAACUAGACCAGGACAUUAUACUGGCAGCAGAGCCAUGGGGUGACUGGAGGGAGCUCCAACUGCAAGCACAGCCAGGAGGUAACGUAUUGCAAGAGACCCCUGUGUUAAAGGGGCGGGGCAGGGGCAUACACGCCAGCCCUGUGAGCGCUUGCAGGUGUGGGUGGUUAUGUCAGGGCGAAAUGCGGAGAGCCGUGCUGUGAUCCUGUGCACUUGUGAUCGGGAAUGCACGCUGCAUAACUUGGAAGCCAUGUCAGAAAGGUAAGGCCAACAGCGAUCCUGGGUCGGCCAGGGGAACAGGCCACCUUUCACUCACUGCCAGGAGGUGGGUUUCUGCCCCUUCGGUGUCGGGAAAUGAACCUAGCGAUAGACUGGCGUUUGAUAGAAGACUUAAAGAACCUCUUCCAGUGCCCUUGAGAAGGCAGGCUGCUACCAUAGGGCGGCUUGGGGUCUUUUUAAGGUUCUUGAUGUUCCCAGUGGUUAGACAGAGGACUUGGAUCUGACUAAAGGAGCUCCUGUUGAAUCAGAUGCAAACAGGUCAGCUAUUAAAAUGAAUUCUAAUUUUACUAUGGUACAGUGACUUUGAGGAAGGUUGGGGGAGGGAGGGGAGAACUGGUGUGUCGUCUGGUCGUGUGUUACUCUGGGGCAAGAAACCAAGAACAACAGCCGCACCGUGUGUUUCAUUAGGUGACUUGGGUCGGUCCUUGAGGUAGAGGUGACUGUGCAGGGCAGCAUGUGGCCCGAGAAGGUCCGAGCACUCGAGGGCAGUGCUCGCCUGCCUGCCUUGAACUUUUCCCUCCUCCUCCAAGAAUGAGUGAAGGAGUGUUACCCGCAAAUAUGCAAAAUCUCAGUAACUCCUGUGACUCAGAAUAUCACCUCCAUAAGUUCCAGAUUGACCCAGUGAAGUUCAGGUUUUUGAUGCCCAGGUUACAAGGAACUUCAAAACUGUCUUGGCUCCCCACUACCUUGCUGUCUGCUGGUGGAAUGCUAUACACAUGGCAGGAGCCAAGGAUGAUGGUGACAAAGUUCAGAACCACAGUAUUCAUAUUGAAUUGGCUUUGAACUCAUUUUCUUCCCGGAACCCCAUAGGAUCAUUACUAAGGGCCCAGAAAGUUCAUUUGGCCACUCAGGAAAUGUUUAUUAAGCAUCUAUUUAUGCCUUCUCCCUCUAACUCUUACUCCAAAAUGGAAUAAUGGCCUUUGAAGUAUGUUAUCGUUCAUCAGAAUGGAAUUGGUUUGAUAUAUUUAAUACUUGCCUGAUGUGACUCCACUCCCUGCCUGACAGGUGUGUAGAGAUAAAGUGUCUCUUCAUGAACUUGCUAAGGUGACUCUGGGGGGGUAAAACUGAGGGCCUCGGCGAGGUCGGCCAUACUACCAAGCCUCUCGAUGUAUUUCAGUCUUAGGAAUAACUGCCACUCAGUUGUUUUUUAGCAAAUGUUGCUAAAAAAUGUUGGGUUAAAUCUGUUUAUGAAACCAUAUAAGCAAUUAUAAACUUACUUCGGUAAGAACCACAUGCCUGUCAUGUCUGAUUAAAUAUAAUAGACAAGUGUUUUUUAUCCCUGGGAAAGAAGUUCCCAAAGAUUGGACAUAAUAGCGUAUAUGCGCAUAUAUCGGCCAACACUUCUGAAUGGAUUCUUCUAGCGGGCCUCUUUCUGGCGAGGGGCUUUUCUCAUUUCUCCAGAGCUGUAGGGUCCCUGGGAGUGGGGGAGAGGUGUUGCUCGGGAGAGGGCAGCUGCUGUGCUCGAUGGCUCCAGUCUGUGUAACACCGUGCGUGUUCUCUCUUGUCUGGAGGCGGUAGAAAAAUGAGCAGCUGUCAGUCAAGCAGGGCUGCAAUCGCACCUCUGUUGUGUAUUAGCUGGUUAAAUCGGAGCCCAACACCUACAAAUGAGAAGCCUCGAGUUCUCGGCUCUCUUCCACCUGGCGUACUGUGAUAUAGCUGACAACUAGACUGAUGGCAUUGUGCAAAAGGGCCUGCUGUAGAGAAAGAAGAUGAGGGCUGGAGUGCUGCCUGUAUAGGACAGACGGACGGACACUACACUCCCUCAGCCCUCAGUGUCUUCACCUGGUAAACGGGAUCAUUACUCACUCCCGCCAUUAUUCCUGUGAGGAUUAAAUGUGAUAAUGGAUAGUAAAUGCUGUGAGCAUGAACAGGGCUGUCCACUGCUGUAUCCGUAAUAAAGGACAGCACACAGCCCUCUGUCUGCCUGUGGGUGCACAUCUGUUGUAGCUUCCACCGUGGGCCACAGUGUACAAACGUGAAGAGGCCUUGUGCUGCCCCAGCUGCUUUUCCUUUCUUCAUCCAUCUGAACAGAAGCCGCGCUCGUGUCCCAGCUCCUGCCAUCCACCUCUCCCGUGUCCAACCCUACGUUACAGGAAUGUAUGUGGGUCAAAGUGAACGAAUGAGUGAGGGGUAGGUUAUGAAAGUGACAUUUAAAGUCUAGCUCUCAUCUAAAAGGACCCUGGGGGCCCUAGGAGGGAAGCCUGAACUGGCGAACUGCAAGAGGAAGACCCAUGAGGCUGUCUGCUCGAGCGACGACGUUCAGCCUCAGUAGCCCCUGCACAGAUGGGUCACUGUGGGUUAGAACCGACUCAAUGGCAGUGGUGAUCUCAUUUUAAGACAGGAUUGAAAUAAAUAACCACCAUGUUACUUGCAAGUGCAUUUGUUAGGUUUUGAAUUGUCUAAACAUUUUCAUGGAUAAUUUUAAAAAUGUAUAGUAUUCAACAUAGCUCCUGAUGAGAGGUGACCUUCUCACCCAAUAAACUCAGCCUGCAGUAUCUUCACCGACACUGUCAGAAAUGGCCAGCGUCCAAGAAGUCGGCAUCAGGAACCGAAACAGCCAGAAUUUUACACCUUCCUCUUUUACACCUAAGUGGGUUUCUGUCCUGCCUAUCUUAAAGCAAGCUUUCUGAACCUAAGAACCAGA